AUGGAUGGUGGAAGACAAGGAUCCACGACUUCAUCAUUGCUGAAGACUCGGAGCUUUUGGAAUAUCAUCUGCGAUGGACCCUUCGUUCCUACGAAGACCAUUGGAGACCUUACAGUGACAGUUCCUAAAAUAAGAAAGGAAUACAACGAUACUGACCGCAAGGCUAUAGAAAAGAACUUUCGAGCAAAGAAUAUCCCCGUCUGUGGUAUUGGACCAGAUGAGUACAAUAGGAUUUCAGCAUGUCAAUCUGCUAAGGAGAUCUGCGAAGCUCUCCAAACAGCUCAUGAAGGGAUAACACAAGUUAAAUAG